GUUUGGACGAGGAGUAUUGGUUGGAACAAGCGACUACUAUUUAAUGAGGUGGAGAUUGAGGAGUUUCUUGUAAAUGUGGACACGUGUCAAUAUGGUGGUCUUUUGCACUGCAAAUCCCGCAUGCUCUUUGUAUGGCGUUCAGAUGUUGGGUUAAAGCUAAGUUCGACACCAUUGAAGUGA